AUGGCGAAGGUCGAAGCUGACUUGACGAACAUGGACUCGCCCCUGUUACAGUUACCGGCGGAGCUCCUUUUCUCAAUCUUUGAUUUCCUCCCUCCAGUCGCCAAACACACUCUCGCUCUUUCAUGCCGGCGUUUGCGCUUUACUUUUGCAGGAACUUGCCCCGAGCUAUAUCUUGACGGCAGACACGCGGUCCGAACAGAACUUGCACGCGAUGGAUUUCCUCUUCGCUCUUACGCCUACUGCAAUGGCUGUCGCUCAGCCCAUAUGUUGAAGUUUUUCUCAGCCCAACAGUUAGAGCAACCUCCAACAAGCCGCCUGUGCUCGGCGUCCUGCAGGCAAAUAUGGGUCGAGCCUGGGAAGCACUACAGCUUCAACGAUUUCCAGGGGAUCAGGCGCAGUUUCAUUCCUCACGCCAUUCCUGACAUGCUCCCAGAUCCCAAUUGCAGCAUCGUCAUGAAGCUAUUCUCACAAUCCCGGGUCUGGAUGCAUAGGAACCCGGGCCACAAUAUGUGGUCGAACUCUGCAGAACAGUUCGCCAUUUGCGCAUCGUAUGAUGUCCUAACGCUCCCGGGCUCGAAGGUGGCUACGAAAGAAGAGAUGACCAGGGUUUUACAAGGAUUUCACAUUCCAAUUUGUCCACACACCCGACUUGGAGAUGCUGUGGUCUUGAAGAGCUACGUACCAUCCCGGCACUGUGUGUCUGAGUCAAUAGAGGAGCUCGCCAUCUGGAUGGGAACGAUAGAAUCAGAAGGUGCGCAUGCCUGCUGCCGAUUCACUGGGUGCAAGACCGUUUUCCGCUGGUUGUGCAGUCCAAGCCCGAAGAAAGAGGGAUGGAAAACUCUCUCAAUCCACUUCAAAAGGCACUUGGGUACCCUACUCAGCCCGGUAAACCCCCGCUGGAUGGCGCAGGCGGUCGUGAUUCCAAACGAAGCUCGUUUGGAAGCUUAUUGGAAAGCCUGCCAUCAAUGGAAGGAGGUGAACAUGGCAAUUGAAGAGCAACGAUACGAACGGGAGCUUUCAAAUCAAGAUGGUAUGCUACGAAGGGCAGAUCACAUUGAGUUUGAACAACUACGAAGGGAGAACGACUACCUUCGCCACCCACAUCGGGGCAAAAAGUAUCCUGGCCUGGUUCUUGACUAUCCGCCCAACCUUCUGGAUACUACGCAGCCCUCCGAUGAAUUACCCACCACCGCCACCCUUUUACUUAGAAAGACUGCACAAGGCCGCUCAAAGCAAGCUAACGGCGGGCCACAGGCGCAGGCAGUCCGCGCCUCUCGUGACAUUGUGGACAUCGACAGCAGCAGUAGUCUAACAAACAGAGCGCAAGAUGCAAAUGCAAGCAAUGUUGCGUCUACUCCUUGCACAGAGUCAUACGAGGAUCUGUUCACGGUACAAUACACUGCUGAAGCUGUAUUAAAGUCAAUAGACGGCCACACCAGGUUCGAUACUCUAUUCGACGAUCACAAAGCGAUCGCGCCUUGGGAGAGGAGGCUUGAUGAAUGGAUCUGGGGCGGGCAUGAUUGUCUCACAAUGGGUAAUGGGCUGUUGGGAAUGAUGGGCGUGCCGUACAAUGUUGUGCAGCCGCGGAUUCGUUGGUUGGCCAAUCAAUUAUAUUGUCUUCCUCGUUCGGUCAAGAGACGCCUAAUGGACUAUGAAGAGGCAGAGCGGACUACUUUUUAA